GCGCGGCCUGUCCGCCGGCGCCAUGGCUCCCAAAAAGAGAGGGAAGAAAGGCAAAGGCAAAGGCACCCCGAUUGUGGAUGGGCUCGCCCCAGAGGACAUGAGCAAGGAGCAGGUGGAGGAACACAUCAGCCGCAUCCGGGAGGAGCUGGACCGGGAGCGAGAGGAGCGCAACUACUUCCAGCUGGAGCGAGACAAGAUCCACACCUUCUGGGAGAUCACACGGAGGCAGCUGGAGGAGAAGAAGGCUGAGCUGCGGAACAAAGACAGGGAGAUGGAGGAGGCUGAGGAGAGACAUCAGGUGGAGAUCAAGGUGUACAAGCAGAAGGUGAAGCAUCUGCUGUACGAGCACCAGAACAACCUGACUGAGAUGAAGGCCGAGGGCACCGUGGUCAUGAAGCUGGCCCAGAAGGAGCACCGCACACAGGAGGGCGCACUGCGCAAGGACAUGCGGGCACUGAAGGUGGAGCUCAGAGAGCAGGAGCUGGCCAGUGAGGUGGCGGUGAAGAAUCUGCGGCUGAAACACACUGAGGAGAUUACCAAGAUGAGGAACGACUUUGAGAGGCAAGUUCGAGAAAUCGAGUCCAAGUAUGAUAAGAAGAUGAAGAUGCUGCGGGAUGAGCUCGACCUGAGGAGAAAGACUGAGAUCCACGAGGUGGAGGAGAGGAAGAACAGCCAAAUUAAUACGCUGAUGCAGCGCCACGAAGAGGCCUUCACUGACAUCAAGAACUAUUACAAUGACAUCACCCUGAACAACCUGGCCCUCAUCAACUCCCUGAAGGAGCAAAUGGAGGACAUGCGGAAGAAGGAAGAGCAUCUGGAGAGGGAGAUGGCAGAGGUGUCUGUGCAGAACAAGCGUCUGGCAGACCCUCUGCAAAAGGCUCGGGAUGAGAUGCGUGAGAUGCAGAAGCAGCUUGGGAACUAUGAGAGGGACAAGCAGAUCCUGGUGUGCACAAAAGCACGUUUGAAAGUUACUGAGAAAGAGUUGAAAGACCUGCAGUGGGAACAUGAAGUGCUGGAGCAGCGGUUCCUGAAGGUACAACAAGAGCGAGAUGAGCUCUACCACAAGUUCACUGCAGCCAUCCAAGAGGUGCAGCAGAAGACGGGCUUCAAGAACCUGGUGCUGGAGCGCAAGCUGCAGGCCCUGAAUGCCGCCGUGGAGAAGAGGGAGGUGCAGUUCAACGAGGUGCUGGCAGCCUCCAACCUGGACCCUGCAACCCUGACACUCGUGUCCCGCAAACUUGAGGAUGUUCUGGAAUCGAAGAACAGCACCAUCAAGGACCUGCAGUAUGAGCUGGCUCGGGUCUGCAAGGCUCACAACGACUUGCUGCGCACAUACGAGGCCAAACUGCUGGCCUUUGGGAUCCCCCUGGACAGCGUGGGCUUCAAGCCCCUGGAGACAGCUGUGAUUGGACAGACGUUGGGCCAAGGCCCUGCAGGACUCGUGGGCUCGCCGACCUAGCUGCCUUGCCCAAGGCCCUCCAUCGCUCUCUUUUCUACUGUGUGCCGGCCUGCACAUGAUCGUCCCAGUCCUAAUCUCCACUGUGAAGCUAGCUUCGGUCUGGGUUUUCAGCAGCCGAUGAAGAUUUUCCACAU